AUGACUGUUGCUACUGGAGAUCCCACAGAUGAAGCAGCAGCUUUGCCUGGUCAUCCUCAGGACACUUAUAACCCAGAAACUGAUCAUGAAUGUUGCGAGAGGGUGGUUAUUAAUAUCUCGGGGCUGCGGUUUGAAACACAACUUAAGACACUUGCUCAGUUUCCAGAGACCUUGUUAGGAGACCCUAAAAAGAGAAUGAGAUAUUUUGAUCCUCUCCGGAAUGAGUAUUUCUUUGACCGAAACAGACCCAGCUUUGAUGCUAUUUUAUAUUACUACCAAUCAGGUGGCAGACUGAGACGGCCUGUUAAUGUGCCCUUGGACAUCUUCUCAGAAGAAAUACGGUUUUAUGAACUUGGUGAAGAAGCUAUGGAGAUGUUUCGGGAGGAUGAAGGUUAUAUCAAGGAAGAAGAACGGCCUUUACCAGAGAAUGAGUUUCAGAGACAAGUAUGGCUUCUCUUUGAAUACCCAGAAAGUUCUGGACCAGCCAGGAUUAUAGCAAUUGUCUCAGUCAUGGUCAUCCUAAUCUCCAUAGUAAGUUUCUGCUUGGAAACUUUGCCUGUGUUCCGUGAUGAAACUGAGGACAUGCAUGGUAGCAGUAGCAACCCCAGCCUUUAUUCCAACAGCACAAUGGGGUCUCAACAGCCGACAUCUUUCACAGACCCCUUCUUUAUAGUAGAAACACUCUGCAUAAUUUGGUUCUCCUUUGAAUUCUUGGUGAGAUUCUUUGCCUGCCCUAGCAAAGCUGGGUUUUUUACCAAUAUCAUGAACAUCAUUGAUAUUGUUGCCAUUAUUCCGUACUUCAUCACACUUGGCACAGAGCUGGCUGAGAAACCAGAAGAUGGCCAACAAGGUCAACAGGCAAUGUCUCUUGCUAUCCUUCGAGUGAUCCGUUUGGUGAGGGUGUUCAGGAUCUUCAAGCUUUCCAGACACUCCAAGGGAUUGCAAAUUCUGGGACAGACUCUGAAGGCCAGCAUGAGGGAACUAGGCCUCUUGAUAUUUUUCCUCUUCAUUGGUGUCAUCCUGUUCUCCAGUGCUGUCUAUUUUGCAGAGGCUGAUGAGAGUGAAUCUCAGUUCCCAAGCAUUCCUGAUGCUUUUUGGUGGGCUGUGGUUUCCAUGACAACAGUUGGCUAUGGAGACAUGGUCCCCACGACCAUAGGUGGAAAAAUAGUUGGCUCCUUGUGUGCCAUUGCAGGUGUACUAACAAUUGCCUUACCAGUGCCGGUUAUAGUGUCUAAUUUCAACUACUUCUAUCACCGUGAGACAGAAGGAGAGGAGCAAGCUCAAUACUUGCAAGUCACCAGCUGCCCAAAGAUCCCUUCUUCCCCUGACCUAAAGAAAAGCAGAAGUGCCUCCACUAUUAGUAAGUCUGAUUAUAUGGAGAUACAAGAAGGUGUGAAUAAUAGCAAUGAGGACUUUAGAGAGGAGAACUUGAAAACAGCCAAUUGCACCCUAGCUAACACAAACUAUGUUAAUAUAACUAAAAUGUUAACUGAUGUCUAG